AUGAGUACCAAACAUUACCAUUGUACCACAGUCACUGACAGUACACAAGCCUACUACACAGUCACAGAAAUCAGUACACAAGGCCACCCCACUGUCACAGAAAACAGUACACAAGCCUACCCCACUGCCACUGAAAACAGUACACAAGCCUCCUCCACUACCACAGAAAACAGUACACAAGCCUCCUCCACUGUCACAGAAAACAGUACACAAGCCUACCCCACGGUCACAGAAAACAGUACACAAGCCUACCCCACUGCCACUGAAAACAGUACACAAGCCUCCUCCACUACCACAGAAAACAGUACACAAGCCUACCCCACAGUCACAGAAAACAGUACACAAGCCUACUCCACUACCACAGAACACAGUACACAAACCUACCCCACAGUCACAGAAAACAGUACACAAGCCUCCUCCACUGUCACAGAAAACAGUACACAAGGCCACCCCACAGUCACAGAAAUCAGUACACAAACCUACCCCACUGUCACAGAAAACAGUACACAAGCCUACCCCACAGUCAAAGAAAACAGUACACAAGCAUACCCCACUGUCACAGAAAAACGGUCACAAGCCUACCCCAUUGUCACAGAAAACAGUACACAAUCCUCCUCCACUGUCACAGAAAACAGUACACAAGCCUCCUCCACUACCACAGAAAACGGUACACAAGCCUCCUCCACUGUCACAGAAAUCAGUACACAAGCCUACCCCACUGUCACAGAAAACAGUACACAAGCCUCCUCCACUACCACAGAAAACAGUACACAAGCCUACUCCACUGUCACAGAAAACAGUACACAAGCCUCCUCCACUACCAUAGAAAACAGUACACAAGCCUACCCCACAGUCACAGAAAACAGUACACAAGCCUACUCCACUGUCACUGAAAACAGUACACAAGCCUCCUCCACUACCACAGAAAACAGUACACAAGCCUACCCCACAGUCACAGAAAACAGUACACAACCCUCCUCCACUACCACAGAAAUCAGUACACAAGCCUACCCCACUGUCACAGAAAACAGUACACAAGCCUACCCCACUUUCACAGAAAACAGUACACAAGCCUCCCCCACUGUCACAGAAAACAGUACACAAGCCUCCUCCACUACCACAGAAAACAGUACACAAACCUACCCCACUGUCACAGAAAUCAGUAAACAAGCCUCCUCCACUGUCACAAAAACAAUGUCCUAA